CUUGGCGACAGACAAGAGGUGAAAUCCACGUGGCAACCUGAAAAGCCGUCAGAACGUGGUUCGGCAUCAAAACGUAAGAAGUGUGUAUUUCUAACUUACGAACAAUGUGAACUCGUGGGAGAGUUUUCUUUCCAGUUGACUUCAGUUUGUUGGCGCAAAUUUAUUAUCUAAUCCCCAAUUUCAAGGCUGAAACCAUCAACUGAAGAGACUUCCUCGUAGAAUCCAUGAAACAUACGAAAGGUUUAAAGAUUUCAGUAUUUUUGAGAAAACAUCUGUCAAAUAAGAAGUAUUCUGUACUAUCAUUGUUAUAAAUGGAAACUGCGUGGUUAAGCUAUCAUGCCUCCGAAUAAGCAAACAUAAAAUGAAGUGGAACAGAUGUUGCUUUUAGUAGAAGUGUUAAUAUCUGUUACAGUCAAAUUUCCAUAAAUACUUUAUACCGGAAAGCUUAUAAGUUAAUCACGCAUGAAAGAACAGUUAAGUAUACAUAUUUUUUUAUCUUUUCACCUUGUUCGUCCUUGAAGAUUACAUGAGAGAGUUCUUGACCUGAGCAUAAGAAAGACGACUAUUUUAACAAAUUGAAUCCUCUGGCGAAUAACAUGAUACUAAUUUACGUAAAAAAUCAUUCUUUUACUUAAAAGUGUGCAAUAUAACUUUAAAUUUAUAUCGAAAAAAAUGCCAAAUAAAUUGUUCUACAGUUUGUGAAAGCCUUUUUCUCUGUGAUAAAUUACAUUUCGAAAUGCAUAUCAUCACAGCUCAACUUGCAAGUCUCAGCUGUCUCUUUUUGUGCAUGGUGAUAGUAUUUAUACUUCCAUGUUGUUGGAUGAGCCGAAAACCUAACUCCUUUGAUGGAUCUCGCUAUCAAAUAGCAAUCAGUUUGGCCAAUUGUUUAUCCGGAGGUGUAUUUAUUGCUACAUUUUUUGUCGGUUUAAUGCCAGAAGUUAGAGACAUGUUUGUUGACGUUUUUCAAGAAUAUAAAAUAUCAAGCGAAUUUCCAAUUACUGAGUUUGUCAUAUUUAUUGGUUUCCUCUUGGCUCUUGGAAUAGAACAAUGCGUUUUAGAUUAUAGAGAAAAAAAGGGAUCAUCUUACUCUUCUGUUCCCGAUGGCCAUAGUGAGGAUGGUUCUAAAUUAGACUCUGCCGCAUCAACAGCUUCUUACGCUUUAAAAGAUGCUUGCGACACCAGCAUUCUUGACUAUGACAGCGACAACCAAGAUAAAACAUCGGUAAAAGUGUGUGGAGGUAACCUUGAUACAGAUUCUAUUCUUGGAUCUCCAGAAAAAUUUCAGAACAAUAACAGUCAUAGACAUUCUCAUGGUCAUGGUCAUAGCCAUGAUAUUGGUCAAAUGAUUCAAGGUGAAUCGGGUAUACGUUUAGGCAUGCUUAUGGUGUCUUUAGGUGUUCAUUCACUGUUUGAAGGGCUUGCAUUAGGUCUUCAAACGUCAGUCCCAACACUAGUAAAUUUAGUGAUUGGUGUAGCUGUUCAUGAGCUUUUAGUCGCUUUUGCUAUGGGAGUCAAUUGUUCUAGACUUCGUUUGCCAUUUCCUACUGCAAUGAAGUUGGCACUUUUGUUUUCAGCAUCCAUUCCUGUCGGCCAGAUUCUUGGACUGUUGAUUGGCCAUUAUCAAUCCGUAACUGCUGUUGCAGUAAGUGCAGUUCUACAAGGACUUGCUGCUGGAACUUUCAUUCAUGUAACAUUUUUAGAAGUAAUCCCUGCAGAAUUUAAUGAAUCAGGUCCUCGCUUGUUGAAAGUCUUUUUUCUGGGUUUAGGUUUUAUGAUUUUGUUAUUUUGUAGUGUUCUGAUGAAAGGUGCCGGUCAAAAACAUCAGUCAUAAUAUUUAUAUAUUCUUGUGUGAUUUUUUUUCUUUUAAAUUAAACAUGAUUUUCUUCUAUGUCUUAUAUCGGUGGGAACAUGUGUUAUGACACACAGUAUUUACAUUAAUAUUUAUAAGUCUAAUGUUACAAGCUUACUUGAAAAAUAAUUUAUUAAUAAAAGUUUUAAUAAA